AUGGAGUAUGAGAAGUUGAAAAAAGUAGAAGCAAAUGAGUUACGACAUUCAGCAUUCUUUGGGAUUGCAAUUUCAACUGUUGCAACAUUGACAGCAAUUGUUGCAGUACCAAUGCUGUAUAAUUAUGUGCAGCAUGUGCAAUCGUCAUUGGAGGGAGAACUCGAAUUUUGCAAAUACAGGACUGACGGGCUAUGGAACGAAUAUCGAAUUAUUGAAGAAGCUACUGGUUGGCAAGGCAGGCUAAAACGGGGAACGCGUUAUCGUCAUGCAGGAAAAACAUCAGCAGGAGAAAAUGGCGCAAGCACUUAUUCAAAUGCUGCCGGAUAUUUGCCGCCUGAUGCUGGUGUUAAGACCCCACCGGCUGAUUCUCAUGUAUGUUGCAGCUGCGGUGUUGGAAAUGCGGGUCCUCCUGGACCUCCAGGAAAUGAUGGUAAAAAAGGAGCUGAUGGGGCGCCAGGCAACGACGGUACUCCAGGGCAGGAUGCCUCACCAGAUGCUGUGCCGAAACCCGAAGACUUCUGCUUCGACUGUCCAGCAGGACCAGAAGGACCGCCGGGUGAAAUUGGACCCAAAGGACCAUCUGGACAGCCUGGCACAUCAGACAUGGGCGAAAAAGCUUCAUUGAUAGGACCACCAGGUCCACCUGGACCACCUGGACCAGCUGGAGCAAUGGGUGAGAUGGGACCACCUGGACCACCUGGUUUACCCGGCGAAGUCAAACCGGCAUCUGAAACUGCUGGCCCACCAGGACCCGAUGGACCAAUAGGACCAGCAGGGCCACCAGGACCACCUGGCCCACCAGGAAAUGCUGUUCCUGGACCUCCAGGGUUGCCUGGAGAUGCAGGAUUAGAUGGCGCUCCAGGACAUCCCGGAACACCAGGAGAAAGUGGUAAAAUGGGAGUCGCCGGCGGCAGUGGUUCGUGUGACCAUUGUGCACCACCGCGUACUGCGCCUGGGUAUUAA